GGACGACCUCGCAGGAACGGCGACGUCCCUCGCCGCCCUCAUCGCUGUCCUCGACGUCCACGCCUCUGUCGCCGUAGCCGCUCCCGGCGAUGUAUGCACAGGCGACGCCCCCCUCUUCCUCGCCGUAUCUGCCGCACCCAGUACCACAGCAGCCGUAUGCGGGCUACGACCGCUUCGACGCCCUCCCACGUCCGUCCUCUCGUCCCUCCGGCUCCCCCUCUCGCCCACCACGCGGCUCGCCACGGCCGCCAGGCCCCUCAGAGCAAGCCUACGACGACUAUGCAUACGAUAAUGGCUCACCGACACCCCCUGACCCGGACGGCGAUGACUUCUACGCUUCCCAAGCAGACUUCCGCGACCAGCAGCAGUAUGCCGCUCCGUCCGUCGCCACUCAGUCCGUCCGAGCACCGUCUCCGCCGCCUGGUCCCAUUCUCGACCACUCUCAUCUUCGGCCAGGAAAUCAGGCUGCCCUCCUCUCUCAUGAACGCACGCUCGAGCUCUACCGCGCGAACGCGAAGAAGACCCAGGACCCUGACCUCCAGUUCGAAUUUGCAGUCUUCAUGAUCGAUGCUUCCAAGACAAUGCCCAUGCCAGUGCCUACGCUUGGUAACGUCAUGGAGAUCGAGAAGGCUGAGCAGAAGCGGGAGGACCUCAUCCGCGAGGCGAUGGCCUUACUCAAACGACUCGCCGACCGGGGACACAUGCCAUCACAGUACUUCCUCGCCGACUGCUAUGCAAACGGUAUCGGCACGCACAAGAACCGACAGGACUUCGACCACGCGUUCCCUCUCUUCGUGCUCGCCGCGAAGCAUGGGCACCCCGACGCCGCAUACCGUGCAGGGACGUGUUGCGAGAACGGCUGGGGGUGCCGCCGCGAGUCCGCCAAGGCGGUGCAGUUCUACAAGAAGAGUGCCGCCGCGGGUCACCCGGGCGCGCUGUACCGGUUAGGCAUUGCCUACCUCAACGGCGAGCUUGGGCUGUCGAAGAGCCCGCGCGAGGGCGUCUCGUUCCUCAAGCGGUCCGCAGAGCAUGCGACGGCGGAGUUCCCGCACGCGCUGCACGAGCUGGCUCUGCUACACGAGCGUGGUAUCGACAACGUUUUGUUCGUCGACUACGAAUACUCGGCGGAACUACUUGCGCAAGCGGCAGAGCUAGGCUAUGCACCGAGCGCGUACCGGCUAGGGGAAUGCUACGAGUAUGGCAAGAUGGGCUGUCCGCAGGACCCAGCGUUGUCAAUACAUUACUAUAACAUCGCCGCGCAACAGAAUCACCGCGACGCAUGCUUCGCGCUAACGGCGUGGUAUCUUGUCGGCUCACCCGGUGUACUCCCUCAGUCGGACACUGAGGCGUUCUUAUGGGCCAAGAAGGCGGGCGAAGCGGGGCUCGUGAAGGCGAUGUACGCGGUAGGGUACUUCCUCGAGGUCGGCAUCGGAACAGAGCCCAGUAUGGCCGAAGCAACGACGUGGUACAAAAAGGCCGCCGAGCAUGGCGACAAGCGUGCGACUGCUCGUCUCAAGGGCCACGGUCCAAUAUCGGCCCCCGGUGGCGCAGGCUCUGUCCUACACCGCAACUCGGGCGACGACGCGUCCACCAACUCAGGUAAGGGUGGAAAGGACAAGGAUUGCGUCAUCAUGUAGAGAAGUGCGUAGCAAGACCGGCGGGGUGGCAUUCGUGCGUAUGGAGUAUAUAUCGAUACGGACUUCAGUUUGGACUGCUACUGUAUGACUACUACCAUUAUUCUACGCCAGUGCCGACGAACAAUGAUUUGGGUAGAACAUUGGUGUGCUACAUGCUUUCCAGCCACUCGAGCACGCUGCAGCCGUUCACGGCGACGCCAAGAGCAGAGGCGCGAUAUUCGUAGCAUCCGUCGAUCUCAAACGCACUGGCCUGCUCGCAUGUAUUUCCCCAGGGAGCACCCGGGGUCGGGUGCCGUGGAAGCAACUACACGGCCGUCGAAAGCGGAGCGUUCAGACCACAUUUCGACUCGUGAGAGGCCACGUAACGGGCCAGUGAUCGCCCCGCGAGCUGGCUUGGAAGCCGA